AAGGAAAGAUGAGCCCAGGUGCAAAGGUGAGCCCGUUUAUGGAAAUAUGAUCCUGCUGAGGUGCUGCACUAUAUAAGAGCGAGCUGCCUGAAGCCCCGCAGACACAUGGACUGAGAUCCAGCCCUCUGCACCACGACUGGAGAUUGAACCAUGAGGUUCCACGCGCUGUUCCUGCUGCUCCUCCUGUGCUGCGUCUAUCUUGCAGCAGCUCAAGUCUCCUACGAUGACUGCUGUCUGAAGUACGUCAGAAAAAUGAGCCGUGGCGCUCAGAAACAUGCAGUAAGUUACAAGGUCCAGAAGGCAGACGGAAGCUGCAACAUUGCAGCUCUCAUCUUCAUCAUGAAGAGGGGUCGGAUGAUUUGUGCGAACCCCAGCGACUCGUGGGCCUUGAGACUGGUGGAGAGCAUCGACGCCAAGAAAGCCAAACAGAACCCCAAAUACUACAAGAAGCCCCGCCCACUUCAAAGAAAAGGCUGAGGGUGAAGGUUUACUGCAGCCGCCGCUCAUCCAUCAAGCCUCACUAUCUGAGGAUUGAGCAACGGGCCGUUUGUUCUUGUUUUAUGGGGGGGCUGCUUUUGCUUUCACUCUGCAAUAAAAGAGGUCAGACGCUGGUCCAGAGUCCGGCAGAACUUUGUUCCGGACUUCUGAAGCUCACAUAACCACAUGGCUGCUUUCAUGUGCCAGAAUCUGAUCAUGAAUAAGCUUUCUGAUUCUCGUGUGAUGACCCUGUUGAGGUGCAGCUGACGUGUCACAGAAUAGAAGAUGUUCUCUCUUCAGUGUCUUUUAUUUGAACGGCUUUCACAUAUUUUGUAUACAGGAUUUAUAACAAAAUGUAACCAGAACAAUAAAGUGUCUUUAUACAUAAA